UUGUCGCGUAUCCAUGGUGACGAGACCUCUGAGUCGCUUUGCUUGUCUUCAAUUUUUCAUUUAAGUCGCUUUUAGAUUUUUUUUCCUCAUGCAAGCGUUUAUUUAAUAGGCGUUAUUAUAGAUUUGAUAUGAAAUGUGGCGGCGUAAUUGGCAACUUGGAGUACUUUUUUUUCCAGACACUGAGAUAGUCCGGCUACCUUACAGCGAUUGGAAAAAGCUAUCGUUUGUGUUGCACUGACGUUGCAUUUUGGAGUUAUUGGACCUGCAACUCCGAAUCUGCCAAUCGGUUGCUGACUUUAUUGAACUUUUUGAAGUUACCAUAGCAACGCCGCUUUUACGCGUCAGUUUGCUUGCCGUCGACCGACACUAGAUGACGUCAACGUCUUUAAGAAUGUUUUCUGUCUCCUUAGUGGGAAGAAUUUCAAACGACCACCAAUAGGACGUUGGGAAAACAAGCGGUAGAGAACCUACCUUGCUAAACUAAAGAGAGACAAGUGUUCAAAAGAAAAAUAUGUCGGACAUAUUGUGCAAAUGGCUCAACGAGGAGCUUCGCCUGUCAAAGAUUGUCGAACCAAAGAACUUUGCGAAGGAUUUCUCCAGUGGUUACCUCAUUGGAGAAGUUUUACAAAAAUAUCAAAUGAUUAAUGAUGUCAGUGUCUUUAUGAAAACAGACACCUCCACCUCCAAACUGAACAAUUUCACACGCCUUGAGCCAACUCUCCAUCGGCUGGGCAUCUCCUUCGACUUGACCACAGCUCAAGGAGUGAUGCAGGAGAAGCCUGGUGCCGCCACACAUCUUCUUUAUCAGCUCUACGUCUCACUAGAAAAGCAGAGAAAGAGGAAAUCCGAAAUCAUGCAACCUGAUGCCCUGCAUAAAAAAGGUCACAAAAUCUUCUCUGAUCGCCUAAAUCUUGUGGUGAAGAAACGCGAUGCAGAGUUGAAGUUGCAGAAAGUCAAUCAAGAUAUAGAGAAGAGACGCCCUCAGUUUGACAAGUCAGCCCAGAAGAAGAGUCAACUCAAAGAUCAAGAUGAGAAGAGAGCCACAAACAUGAGAAAGUUUUCUCGUCCAAAAUACAGUGAUGUCAUGUCAAGUCAAAACCAGUCCACUGACGUCCAGGUGCCAAAACCGCCCCCCUACACUUCGUUGGUCAACAUGAGGCGGCACAAGCAUCAGCAACGCAAAGAUCAGCAAGCAGAGAUAGUCCAAGCUGAAAUUGCAGAGUUUGAGAUAAAUAGGAAGAAGUUGACCACUUCAGGCUUGGCUUCCUCUUCAGGGGAUCUCGAUGUUCCACUUGGAGGUAGCACUCAGGCCAAUGGAGGUGAAAAUGAGCUCAUGCUCCAGUCCAGCAGCGCGUAUAUUCAGGAGAUCCGCCGGAGGUUGCAGGAAAAUGUUGCCGCUUCUGAGCAGAGAGAAAAGAGACGAAUCAGAUGCCUGGUCGAGCAGCUCAAAGCCCAUGUGGCUCAAGAGGAGAGAUGGCGAGAAGAACAGCUGGUAAGGUGUCUGACAGGCCAAACUCAGCAAGAGAAGCGUUUGGCGGUGCAGCUACUCCAGAUGCGCAAGCAGAAGGAUGCGUUCCGGCAGAAUCGCCUGCUGAUAGAACAGCAAUUCCAGCAACAGAGAGAGAAGGAAUUCCGAGAAGCUCUAGAAAGAGAAGCAGCCUUGACCCGUCAAGCUCAGUUGGAGCGGGCAGAGGAGAUUGAACUGGAGCUGGAAUUCUGCAAGAAGAUGGCUGCCGAGUGCGCUCGGAACAGAUCCAAGAAGCACUUUGAGAACUGUAAGGAAAUUUUGGAGCAGAUUGUGGACUUGGCCACCAAGGUUGGAGAAUAUCGCCUGCUCACCACAAAUCUGAUUCCAGCAAAGCUGAUGCGUGAAUGGAAGGAAUUGCUGCUAAACGGUCUCCCUCUUUACGAGCAGCAGCGGCUCACAUCGCCCGACCCAGUUGAGCUCCAGAAACAGGAGCUACUCAACAGUCAAGAUUACGAAGAAUAUGUUAACAUGGUGGGAGAAUGGACAUGGACAGAGGAGUCCGGGGAGGCCAGUUCACCAGUUGUGCCGAGCCUCAACGUGAUUCUCAGACACGUGUUCUUGAGAAUGAGAAGCUUGAUCCCACCACCGAGCCCAUCAGCAAUUCCUGGCUACAGGCUCAAGGCGUGUGUCCUUGGCAAGUUCUGCUCCGGCAAGACCACCUGCCUGAAGAAGAUUGCUCAAGAACUCAAAAUAUGUGUCCUAUCAGUGGACACGCUAGUCGAGGAGGCGCUGAACGCUCACCAAAGUAGAGAGAGGGUCAGAGACGAAAAUGAAGAAACUGAGAAUGAAGUAGCCACAAUUCUGAAUACUGAUCUCCAUCGCAAAGAGGAAAGAGCGCGCAUAAACUUGUCGAUCCGUGCACUGCUGGGAAGUGCUGCUGCGGAAGAGCUGAGCAAAGGCAACGUCAUCCCCGACGAGCUGUUGGUGGACAUUGUAGUGGAGGCUAUCAGCCAGGUUCCAUUCGAGUCAGGCUGGAUCCUGGAUGGCUUUCCGGUCAACAUAGAUCAGGCCCAUCUUCUGGAGACAGCCAUUGCCUCGCUCGACAUCGGUUACGAAGUAGUGGGCAGAAAGAUAGACCUCGCCAUUGAUCCGAAUCCUCCGCUGCCCCCGCCCCCGCCACCAGCACUGGACGUGGCUGUACUGAUGGAUAUUCCUGAUCAGUGUGUUGCCAAGCGGGCGGUCAAUUCCCCUGAUGGAGGCAAACACACUUCUGGUGCACAUGUCAACAAGCGAUUGUUUAUUGCGCAGAUUCCACACAGGAUCACAUCUUUUCAGGAUAACUGGAUUAAACUUGAGGAAUGGUUUGGAAACGCUGGCAGGAAAAGUAUUUUGAUCCGUGUGAAUGCAGAUGUAGCGAUAGAGGAGCUUUACAUGACCAUGAAAAGUAUCCUACAGAAGACUAUAGUACAAAAACAGGAAGCUCCUAGGUUUCCUCAUGUUGAGGAAGUUGUGUUGGACACCCCUUCAGUGUCCCCCCCUCCUGCCGUGAGCUCUGCCCAAACGCCGGCCCUCACAAAUGAAGAUUCCAAACAUGAAGAAUCCCAGUUGAGCCUUACUGAGGACAAAUCCAAUUCAGUCACCCCAUCAGCUGCAGAUCCAGCAAGCAAGAUGUCAGUUGACUCAGUGGCCGAUGAGGACUUGCAAGAAGCCCCACCCACUUCUACCUCACCUAUCCCGGGUUCUUCCCGCUGGGUCUAUGUAGAUGAGCCACUUUCCUCAGAUAAAGCGGAGUAUCUGUGCCAACAGUGGGAGUCAAUAUGUGAUUCUUACGUGAGCAGUGUAAAGGCUGUGAUGCAGGAGCUCCGCUUAGAACGUACUGUUAUUGACCAACACUUGUAUGAUAUCAGAGAGGAGUUCAAGCAAUUCCUAGAGCGGCCGGACCUGAAGCAGGAGUUAGUCUCUCAGUGGCAGAAGGACUACAAUAGCAUACCUGAUGAUCUGAGGAAAAACGAGGAGACCAAAGCAGAGUUAAAUCAUCGCCUGGAUGACUUGCGGGAGCAUUUGUGGGAUAUUGUCGACACGCACAAGGAAGAUGAUGAGACACAACGGGCUGUGCUCAUACGUGAGAAAUGGUUGGAGGACCACACCACUAUCCUUGUCAACCAUCAUUUAAGACUCAUACAGGUGGAAAUGAGCCGUUUUCAGAACACACGCAAUAUUUUGCGGGACUACUAUCUUAAUGGGGGUCAACAGGAACACCUGGACUCUAUCCCCCUCCUUGACAUUGAAGAUAUAGGACCUGCAAAGGUACUUCGUGAGAUCUUGAUCGCCAAACACGACGAUGCCCUCACAGUCAUAAGUAAACUGGUGUCAACAGAACCGCAGCAGGUGGAGCUGAAAGCGCAAGACGUCGAGAAAAUCCAAGAGAAGGAAAAAGCCCAGGAGAAGGAGAAAGAAAAGGAAAAGGAAAAAGAGAAGAAUUUAGCAUCAUGGCUUGCAGCGGGUUAUCUACUUUAUUUUAUAGUGCAUAUUGUAUUCAUCUUGUAUUCAGGAUCCCCAUCCCCUCCUCCCGCACCGAGCCCACCACCAGCUGUGGAGACAGUGGAGAAGACCCCAGUGGGUGUUAAAAAUGUCAAACAGAAACUCAUAAUCAAGGAAUACACAGCCGCCUUGAAGCAUGAAGAGAAUUCAUCAAAGGUACGAAUUAAGCUGGUGAAAGGCCACGGGCUGGUACUGGUCAACUCUCUGCAAAGCAGAGCAGAAGAGAUCUUUAGCGAGAUGCGAGACAGCUUAGAAGCACAUUACGUUGCACAAAUGAAGAGUAUUGACCAACUUGCAGAGGUGGUGCGUCACUUCAUCGAGACUGCUUCUAAACUCCAGAACGAGUUGGUGCUGGAAAGUAUUGAUUUCUAUUUGAAUGGAGACUCCCUAUUGAUUCCAAGUCCACCAACCCAACUGAGCCCACCUGCAUCGGAGAGAAUAACAAGAUCAAUGCUAACAGUUCUUCAGCUGGACGCGCUGUACCACUGUCUUUGCAAUGAGGCUCCAACAGGUGUCAUGUCCAGUUCUGAGUUCUUCCAUCUGAUCAGGGACAUCCUCCCUUUCAACACUCUGCCCGAACCUUGGGAAAACAUGACUGAAACACAGUUGAACGAGAUCAUUUCCCUGCUCACUGAUGGAUACAAACAGAUAGACUGGCGUCGAUUCCUUCUCAGUGCUGCCAUCCCUUGGCCGUUUCCCUCCUUAACACAACUGCUGCUCGUGCGCAAGCAUUUCAAGGCAGCAGACAUUGAUGACACAGGGUACAUCAGUGAGGAACACUAUCUGCAGACUGAGUUGUGGUUUUCCUGUGAGAGCGAGCAGUCCGUCUCCGAGGACUCCUAUGAGCCUCUAAAUAACCGUCGAACUAACCUGCGCAAGUUCUUUUUCCAGCUGUUUUCCGAUCACUCUACCACGCCACCUCAGCUGGACUACAUGACCAUGCUGCUCUGCUUCGCCUCAGAUCCCGAUCCCAAGCAGGGCUUCAUUAAAGCAUUGAGUGUAAUGACGGGUCAUCAUCUCCAAUAUCCCACCUCGAGCUCUCUUGACACUACUGAAAUCAGCUUCGGGGAGAACACGGUGCCCUCUGGCUCGGAGCCUGAAGAAAAGCGCAAAGACGAAGAGGAGUGGGCAGCGAGGAGCAGACAGACAGUGUCCAUUCCAGCUCUCCUAUCUGUCGUGGGCCCCGAAGUGGGAAAAAUGAAGGGUGGUGUCAACCCUCCUUCAGGCUGCUUGAGCCAGGAGGAGAACGUUGAGCAUCUGAUGCAGAUAUUCGCAGAGCUGGGCUACACUCCAGAAGAUGCCAUUCCUUUCUCGGUCCUCUCUGAGCAUCCUUCCUUUCAUAACCUGAUAGCGGUCACUGACCACCACUUGUUUGUCAACAUUCAUAAUGUGCUGCAGGCCCGUCAGCCACAGGGAGAGGCUCAACAGUCUCCUAAAUGAUGACAUAAUACAACAUCCACUUUCUGU